UCCAGAGAAUGCCUCAGCAUGAGAGGUGACAACCAGAGCUUCUUGGGGGAUCCCCCUAAGGAAUUCAUCCUUCUAGGUGUUUCUGACAGGCCAUGGCUGGAACUUCCCCUCUUUGUGGUCCUCCUGGUGUCCUACAUUCUGGCCAUGUUGGGGAACAUCGCCAUCAUCCUGGUGUCCUGGCUGGAUCCCCGGCUCCACAACCCCAUGUACAUCUUUCUCAGCCACCUCUCCUUCCUGGACCUCUGCUACACCACCACCACAGUCCCACAGAUGCUGGUCAACAUGGGCAGCUCCAGGAAGACCAUCAGCUACAGUGGCUGCAUGGUGCAGUGCGCCAUUUUCCACUGGCUGGGGUGCACUGAGUGCAUCGUCUUGGCUGCCAUGGCCCUGGACCGCUACGUGGCCAUCUGUGAGCCCCUCCGGUAUGCCGUUAUCAUGCCCCGCCCUCUCAGCCAGCAGCUCGUGGCUGUGGCCUGGCUCAGUGGCUUCGGCAACUCCCUAGUUCAGGUGGCGCUGACAGUGCAGUUGCGUUUCUGUGGGCGGCAGGUGCUGAACAACUUCUUCUGUGAGGUGCCAGCCAUGAUCAAGCUGUCGUGUGCAGACACCACCGUGAAUGAUGCCACGCUGGCUGCGCUGGUGGCCUUCUUUGUGCUGGUGCCCCUAGCUCUCAUCCUUCUCUCCUAUGGCUUCAUUGCCCGCACGGUGCUCAGGAUCCAGUCCUCCAGGGGAAGGCACAAAGCCUUUGGGACCUGUUCCUCCCACCUUGGGGUGGUCUCCCUCUUCUACCUGCCUGCCAUCUAUAUGUACCUGCAGCCCCCUUCCAGCUACUCCCAAGAGCAGGGCAAAUUUAUCUCCCUCUUCUAUUCCAUAAUCACCCCCACCCUCAACCCCUUCAUCUACACCCUGAGGAAUAAGGAUGUGAAGGGAGCUCUGAGGAGACUCCUGUCAAGGACCUGGAGGUUCUGCAGGAGAUGAGGCUCUGAGACGUGUUAGUCUCCAU